CCGAUAAUAUAUAUUCGCGCCGUGUGCGAUCUCUUCACAAGCAUAAAAACUUCCAUCCUCUGUCCACUUCAAUUCCAACCAGACUUCUCUUGGUGUGACAACAGGAUAACAAUACCAUUUGCACCUGUUUGACGUUGGGAAUCAGGAAUUCACCAUGACAUCCAUCCCAGGAGACGUUAUCCUCUCCAUCGCCGAGUGGUCGGAUCCUGAGACGAUCUUGUCCCUGAUGCUUGUUUGCCGGUACUUCCACCUGCUCAUCUCCGAAAAUGAGACUCCCAUUGUCAAGGCCAAGCUGUGCCACCUCCAGCAGCUCACCUUCCACCCAUCGAUGCUGAAGGCUGAUGACGGCGUUCAUUUCCUGCCCGCCCAUCUCCAGCCAGCCCACCUGCAACUUGUGGCGCCCCAUGGCUGCGUCAUCAAGUCCGGCACGCCUGACCGCGGCGCUCUCCUGCCGCUUUCCUUCUCCGUCCUGAAGGAGCUCAACAUGCGGGAGGCCCGCCUCGACGUCCUCCUCGUGGCCGAUGGACACAUGGAGACGGCCCUCCAGGAGUCGGGGCUCUUCUUCCCGGAUCGUAGACCCACCGAUGACGAGAUGAACGUCCUGAUGGCCCGGCUCCGACGCGCGUGCCGCAUUACUGAUCGUCUGGCCGACUGCACGGCGGCUGUCAUGGUCGAGUAUGGCUUCCCUGGUCCCAUGUUUCCCGGGGCCGAGGAUGGAGACGACGACGAGAACACUGGCGGCACGGGCUCUGACGACGGCCUUGACGACAGCCCCGACGACCAGGACAGCGGUGCCCUUCCCGCCCCUGUUCCUCUCUCGACCAGAACCUACGAGAGACCCUUGCCGAGCACCCUCAUCCACCCCAACCGGCGCCACAACAGGUUCGGCAUCGCCCGCGCCGUCCGCUUCGCGCAGGGGGACCUACUCCGCGCCCUUCCCCUCGAGGAUCUGGUCUUCCUCGCCAUCCUGACCAGCAUCGCGGGGCUGGGAUACCGCCGACUCCACCACGCAACCGCCUACACGGACCCGGAGUUCUUCGAGCGCGCCACGGCCUUUCAGGAGACGGUCCUGCGCCAAGGAGCAACUGUCACGUUCUGGGGCAAGUUCGCCGGCGUCCGGGUCCCCACCCAGGCCGAGCUGGAGGCCCUGAGCCUGGCCGCCAUCGCGAGCAUGAGCCCGGCGACUACAACUGCCGGCCCCAACCAGGCGGCGCUGCUGCCGCCGACGACCGACGACGCGCCCGGGGGGCAGACCCCGCAGAUGACGGCGAUGCGCGCCUACGUGGACCAGAAGACCAACGACGCGCUCCGCGAGCUGCGGUGGUGGGAGCACGGCGCCGGCGCCAACAACAACAUGGGCGCCAACAACAACGAGGACGAGGACGACGAGGACGAGGCCCCCGCCGGCCUCCAGAUGACCGUCUGGCGCACCAUCAGGAAGAGGUCGGGUUGGAGCAGCGACAACGCCGGCCGCAGGGCCCACGACCUCGCGCGGCGCAUCGUCCGCGGUCUGCCCGCCACUGUUAAUGUCGAUGCCGAUGCUGGCGGCGACGACGACGCGGCGGCUCAGGAUGAGGCCCAGGUUGAGGCCCCGGCUGAGGCUCGGGCUGCCUAACUUCCCCACCUUUCGAUGGCUCCGGUUUGAGGCACACGCACGUGGAAGAGUUCGGUUUCUGUUUUCUGGGCUUUGGGGGCGCGCUGGCGGUCUGUCUGUCAU